CGCGCCGGAAGGAGAAGGCGGGCGGACCGGCAGGCCUAGCUCGGCGGCGGCGGCGCGGGGAUGGAGGCCCUGCGGGUCCUGGAGCUGUACAGCGGCAUAGGGGGCAUGCACCAGGCGCUGAGAGAAAGCCGUGUCCCGGCGCACGUGGUGGCGGCAGUGGAUGUGAACACCGUUGCCAAUGAGGUGUACAAGUACAACUUUCCUCACACACAGUUACUGGCCAAGACAAUUGAAGGCAUUACACUAGAAGAGUUUGACAGAUUCUCUUUCAAUAUGAUUUUAAUGAGUCCACCCUGCCAGCCCUUCACCAGAAUUGGUCUGCAAGGUGAUGUGACUGAUCCAAGGACAAAGAGUUUCUUAUAUUUUUUAGAUAUUCUCCCAAGGUUAAAAAAACUGCCGAAGUAUAUUCUUUUAGAAAAUGUUAAAGGUUUUGAAGUAUCUUCUACAAGAGACCUGUUAAUACAAACAAUAGAAAAUUGUGGCUUUCAGUAUCAAGAAUUUCUGUUAUCUCCAACCUCUCUCGGCAUCCCCAACUCCAGGCUCCGCUACUUCCUGCUGGCGAAGCUGCAGUCGGAGCCGUGGCCUUUCCGAGCCCCCGGGCAGGUGUUGAUGGAAUUCCCCCAGGCUGAAUCAGAGCAGCCACAAACGCCUGCCAUGGAUGCAGAAGAGGAAACUGAAGGAAAGGAAACGGGGCCCAUCCCGGGCCCUGGGCGCAGCGCGCGGCCUUCUGGAGAGGGGCCCUUCCUGUUUAAGCUGGAGACUGCGGGGGAGCUGGAGCGGAAGCGUCAGCAGGACCGGGACCUCUCUGUGCAGAUGCUGAAGGGUUUUCUCGAGGAGGACGACGCCGACUUGACCCCCUACUUCUUGCCUCCCGGGUCCUUGCUGCGGUACGCUCUCCUCCUGGACAUCGUGACGCCCAGCUGCAGGCGGUCCACGUGCUUCACCAAAGGUUAUGGAAGAUAUGUAGAAGGGACAGGAUCUGUGUUACAAACCGCAGAAGAUGUGCAGUUCCUGCACCUUUAUGGGUAAUAUUGCGAGUGUCAGGCACGGUUUCAUUCACAGCAGUAGUAGAAUAGCCACAGGCAGGUGCCAGGGCUGCAAACAGGUGGUCUGAUGUUUGCAGGCAGGAAGUACCACAGGUCAGUGAGAGAUCCAAAUUUAAUUGAGAGUUUUUAAGAAAAGUAUUACCUCAUCAUGGUUUCAUAGUUGAAUAUAGGCUUGUUUUAUUAUGUUCUACAUUGUUUUCCAGUAAUCUUGAAGUGACAUCACAUUAUCUCCUUUUAUAUUGACUUAAACCAUUUCUUGAAACCAAUUUAAACUGAUUUUACUAUUAAUAAAAGGUAUACCCAGAAUAAAAAUCUUAUCAGAUAUUUGUAUAUGUAUAUGUGAGAAAUAUUUUUUACUAAUAUUUUAUCAUUUGGGCUGGAGCAAUAGCACAGCUGUAAGGGCAUUUGCCUUGCACACAGCUGACCUGGGUUUGAUUCCUCCACCCCUCUCGGAGAGCCCGGCAAGCUGCCGAGAGUAUCUCGCCCACACGGCAGAGCCUGGUAAGCUACCCGUGGUGUAUUAGAUAUGCCAGAAACAGUAACAAGAAGUCUCACAAUGGAGACGUUACUGAUGCCCGCUCAAGCAAAUCGAUGAGCAGUGGGAUAACAGUGAUACAGAGAUUUUAUCAUUUUAAGAUAGUACCUUAAUUUGAUGAAAUUAAUCUUAAGCAGUAAACAUUUUAAUGAUUUACAUGUUAGCAUUCAUUGGUUGACCAAUGAAAUUUAGUUUCUUUUUACAAAUCUUUUACUAUAUUUGUAUCUUUUAUGUUAGUGUCAUUUGUUUAUAUUUGUAAAAUUUAAUUUUUGAGGGAUCAAAAUGACAGAUAUACUGAAAGUUUCAUGAUUUGUGGAACAUUAAAUUGUAGGUUAUUUUCAUUGCUGUUGCUGAGUCCAUUAUCUAGUUGAUUACAGACCUUUUGCCUUAGGCCUUUUGCUGCCUUGUCUUGUGUGAGACUAUGUUUAGUUUUUAUACUAUCUCACAAUCCAUAAUCUUAUCUGAACACAUGUAGUUGCCCUCUACUUCAUCU